AUGGCACAUGUUGCCUACGGCCAGGGCUGGGAGGAUCACCCAUCGCCUGUGUCCAGUGCUGCCUUAGUCGACCUCAUUGCGGUCGAAGACCUCGAAGCCGGCGCGGCUGCACUCCAGAAGAUUGCGGAUGAGAAUGGCGGCAACCGCGUCUUCGGAAGUACGGGUCACAAUGCGACUGUAGACUACCUCGUCGCCGAGCUUGAAGCACUCGAUUACUACGACGUCAGCACGCAGGCAUUUGUCGAAUUGUUUUCGGGCGGCAGCGGGUCUCUCACUGUUGAUGGAACAGAGUAUGAGGCUCUCAUUCUGACAUACACCCCCAACGGCGAUGCCACUGGAUCACUGGUUGCCGUCGAUAAUCUGGGCUGCGACGAAGCAGAUUUUCCACCUGAGGUCGAAGGUCAAAUCGCGCUCAUCUCCCGCGGUACAUGUACUUUUGCGGCGAAGGUGCUGAACGCUGGCGCAGCAGGCGCUGCUGCUGCAAUCGUCUACAACAACGUCGAAGGCACCCUAGCUGGUACGCUUGGCGGUACCGACCCAGGGUAUGUGCCCGUGCUUGGCCUCACGCAAGCCGAUGGCGAGGCUCUUCUGGCCCUUGCUGAAGCAGGCGACACUGAAGUUGAGAUGUCUGUCAAUGCCGUUCUAGAAAACCGGACGACCUUCAAUGUCAUUGCAGAGACCAAGGGAGGAGACCACGAUAACGUCAUUGCUCUCGGCGCUCAUACCGAUUCGGUUGAACAGGGUCCCGGAAUCAACGACAACGGCAGCGGCUCAAUCGGUAUCUUGACUGUUGCCAAGGCCUUGACCAAGUUCACCACCACCAACGCCGUCCGUUUCUUGUGGUGGAGUGCAGAGGAGUUCGGGUUGUUGGGUGCAGAGUACUACGUCUCGCAACUCAACCAGUCCGAGUCGGAGAUCGCCAAGAUUCGUGCGUACUUGAACUUUGACAUGAUCGCAAGCCCCAACUAUGGUAUUUUCAUCUAUGAUGGCGAUGGAUCGGGAUUCAACAUCACCGGACCUCCUGGCUCUUCAGAGAUCGAAGCUGGAUUCGAGGCAUUCUUCACUGCCGCGGGUUCUCCUUAUCUGCCGACCGCCUUCGAUGGCCGAUCCGACUACGGUCCAUUCCUCGAGAACGGCAUCGCUGCUGGUGGCCUCUUCACUGGCGCCGAAGACAUCAAGAGCGAAGAAGAAGCCGCUCUCUUCGGCGGUGAGGUCGAUGUUGCUUUCGAUGUGAACUAUCAUGCGGCAGGUGAUACCAUCGACAACUUGAACUAUGACGCGUUCUUGUUGAAUACGCAAGCAAUCGCAGACUCCGUUGCGACUUAUGCUACCAGUCUCGACGCGAUUCCUGUCAGAAGCGCUCCAGAGCGCAGAAGAGCUGCUGCUGCUGCAAGAGCAAUGAUGUCGAAGAGAAGUGUCAAGAGACACGCACACACCCACUCUGCGCCCUGCGGUCAGUCAAAGACGGAACUGUAA